AUGUACGUGCCACUGCUAAUCCUUCUAGGAAUCUCGCGCUACAAGGCCCAGAAGAAUCAGCAAUGGACUGAGGGAUUUUACACAGCCAUCGUGAGCAGCUUUGCAAACAGGAGCAUUAUGUUCUCCACGGAGAUGAUACGAUCCAGCAUGCUGUUCAUCUAUGUGGGCGUGGAGGAGGAUGAGUCCGAGCAGAUUCGCAAGGCGCUGCACUACCAGGGAACCCAUCUGUCUGACUACAAGCCGGAGGCACAGAAGAUCUUCGAUAUGAGUGCGCAGAAGGCACCUGUGGCCAAGAGUCUUACCCGGUUUUACGUACGCCAGAAUCUGAAGAUGUCCACGGAAUACAGAGUUUUUAUGCGACAUACAGAGGGAAGAGCUCGUAAUAUAGCCUUUAAUCGCGAAACGCUGGACAAGGUGAAUACCUUGUACAGCCACGAAAUGGGCGAGCACUUUGGGCAGGUGGUGAAGGAAAGCUGGUGGAAACCGAAUAGCCAAGGAGUCCUCAUAAAUGCCAUUUUCUUCAAUCUCAGUUGGGAGCGCACUUUCAAUCCGGAGGCCACAUAUCCCCGGCAGUUUCGAGUAAGUGCCGCAAAGGAGGUUCUGAUACCCAUGAUGCACGAGGACAGUAAGUUUGCAUUCGGCACCUUGGGGCAUCUUAAAGCCACCGCCGUGCUCGUGCCCUUUUCCCAAGGAGAUCUCCAAAUGCUCCUGAUAAAGCCAGACCAGCCCGAUGGACUCGCUCACUUGCAAGGGAAGCUGACGGGCAUGGAUAUCGUUAGCGUGGCCAGGAAUCUCACAAUGAUGGAUGUGUUUGUGGGCUUACCGAAGUUCAGGCUACACAGCCAUCUGGAACUCACUUCAGCUCUUGAAAAGCUGGGCAUCAAGGAUAUAUUUAAGCCGAGCAAGUCGUUUUCAACGUUGCUGCACAGAAAUACCAACUUUCGGAUUGACGGAGUUAUCCAUGUGGUCACCUUUGAGUUCCAGGAGCAGGGCAUUGGUAUGCCCAGUACUGAUGUUGGCAAUGGUAGUUUGACGCACACCUUUAAUGGGGUGAAAUACUUUCUGGCUACUCAUCCAUUUGCCUUUUAUAUCAUAGACCGCACAACUAUCUUCUUUGCCGGUCAUGUAACAAGCUUUUAGAACGACUCAGUAUCUAAACAUUAAAGCAUCAAGUUUGUGCAAUACAUCGAUAGCUAAUGGUCAGGUAAUUUUUGUACUCCCACCGUUUGGGGUAAAAGUGAUUGCAGAGCUGAGAUGUUUAUGAAUAAUAAAGUAAAUCGUUUCAUGCA